AUGAAGACGCCGUACACGGGCACGCAAGGCUCUCUCAAACAAUCUUGCCAUCGACACAUUCUUAGCCGACUUCUCCUUGUCCACUCUCUCUUAGGGUCGAGCUCGGGUGUUACCACACAGGGCGGUUACUCUGUGGCUAUAGGACACGAGUCGGGAAAAACAACACAAGCUGCGGGGUGUGUGGCGGUGGGACGCAACGCGGGUGAGACGGCGCAGGGGGCUAGUUCCGUGGCUAUAGGCUAUACGGCCGGAAACGAUACGCAAGGUCUGUCCGCGGUAGCUGUGGGUUCCGGUGCGGGUAAAACGGACCAGGGUGACGAGUCGGUAGCCGUUGGUCUGUAUGCGGCCCAGACCACACAGGGUGAUAAUGGCAAGCAACCACGCUGUACCGUCGCCCUUGGUCGGGAAUCUGGCUCAACCGACCAGGGUUCGUACGCUGUGGCGGUAGGAUCAAAGGCUGGAAACGACACCCAGGCGUCGAGCGCGGUGGCGGUGGGAAAUAGCGCCGGACAAACCACCCAGGGCGAAAGCUCCGGCGAAUAUUGUGUAGCCGUAGGGGUUGAUGCGGGUACGACAAACCAGGGCAACCAUGGCGUAGCCGUAGGGACCGAGGCGGGUAAGACAAACCAGGGUGUAGAUGCGACAGCCCUGGGACCACACGCGGGGACCACGGACCAGGGGCUAUACAGUGUGGCUAUAGGAAGAGAAUCUGGUAAUGACACGCAAGAGGAAAAUUCCGUUGCCAUCGGGAAUGAGGCGGGUAAAACAUCGCAGGGUACAGUGGCGGUGGCCAUCGGGUAUUGGGCGGGCCAGACGACCCAAGGCGAAAAUUCCGUGGCUAUAGGACGGCUGACCGGCGCGACGCUACAGGGGGCGGACGCCGUCGGUGUAGGCUAUGGGGCCGGAGAACUGAACCAGGGGGUCCGUACAGUAGCAAUCGGGCAUCAAGCCGGGAACACGGAGCAACUGACCAACAGUGUCGCCGUGGGGUUUUCCGCGGGUCUGACAGACCAGGGGAACUACUCGGUCGCCUUAGGGUCGAGCUCGGGUGUUACCACACAGGGCGGUUACUCUGUGGCUAUAGGACACGAGUCGGGAAAAACAACACAAGCUGCGGGGUGUGUGGCGGUGGGACGCAACGCGGGUGAGACGGCGCAGGGGGCUAGUUCCGUGGCUAUAGGCUAUACGGCCGGAAACGAUACGCAAGGUCUGUCCGCGGUAGCUGUGGGUUCCGGUGCGGGUAAAACGGACCAGGGUGACGAGGUGAUAAUGGCAGUAGGUGAUAAGGCGGGUAGAUACAACCAGAGCAACCACGCUGUGGCUGUAGGAACCGAAGCGGAAUUGACCGACCAAGGUAUAGAUGCAACAGCGAUCGGACCACAUGCAGCAACGGAUACCCAAGGGUCUAUUGCCAUUGCCGUGGGUGUACGCGCCGGACAGACACGACAGGGUGAGCGGGCCAUAGGGAUAGGGGCAGAGGCGGCAUUUGUAGACCAGGGAAUGUUGGCGAUUGCGGUGGGCAAGACAACCCAAGGAAUAGCCAGUACAGCCCUGGGUCGCGCGGCCGGUUCAUUAACCCAAGGUGCAAAUUCGGUGGCAAUAGGUAAUACCGCCGGUGAGACGACACAGGGUGCAAGUACCGUGGCUAUAGGCUAUACGGCCGGAAACGAUACGCAGGGUCUGUCCGCGGUAGCUGUGGGUUUCGGUGCGGGUAAAACGAGUCAGGACGAAUACAGUGUAGCAACGGGGUUUGAAGCCGGCAAGGACAGCCAGGGGGAACUAUGCGUUGCAGUAGGUCGCUUUGCCGGGAGUGUAACCCAGGGUGUGCAGGGUAUUGCCAUCGGAAAUCUGGCGGGUUUCACGACACAGGGGAUUGAUGGCAUUGCAAUAGGGACAAGUAGUGGCUACCUUUCGCAAAGCACCAUGUCUGUUGCGGUGGGACACUACGCCGGUACAACCACACAGGGUGAAAGUGCCAUAGCUAUAGGGUACCACGCGGGGAAUGACACACAGGGUAUCAAAGCGGUGGCCGUAGGUGCGAAUGCUGGCACGACCAACCAGGGUAUUAAUCCCGUGGCCAUUGGUCACGAUACGGGUAAGACGUCCCAGGGUGAAUAUUCCGUGGCCAUUGGACGGCGGUCCGGUACUACACUACAGGGAAUAGAAGCUAUUGGGGUGGGCUUUGGUGCGGGCGAAUUGAACCAGGGUGCCAAGGGCGUGGCUAUUGGCCGCAAUGCCGGGCUGGAUGCACAGGGAGAAAGCUGCGUGGCCAUUGGAUCCAGUGCCGGGAUCGAUACGCAGGGUGCAAGUAGUAUAGCGGUGGGUAACGAGUCGGGUCAUACGACACAGGGUGUGGGCUCUGUGGCCAUUGGCGCGAAAGCCGGUAAGACAAGUCAGGGUGACUAUAGUAUUGCAAUAGGAUUGGAUGCAGGAGGCAUCAAUCAGAGUGAGUCUUCGAUAGCAGUAGGACGUUCGGCCGGUACAAACAACUUGGGUGAAGGGAGCGUCGCGGUUGGUGACGGUGCACUUUACCUCACCAGUACCGAUAAAUGUAUUGGUAUUGGUAGGAAUGCCUUCUACGAGAACGGCGGCGAGGGUAGUAUAGCGAUAGGGUAUUUGACGGGCCGAAUGGGAGAUGCGGGGGACAGUGUACUAAUCGGGCGCGAGGUGGCCAGGUACAACGGUAAUCUAAAUUCAAGUAUGAUUGCGAUUGGUACGUUGGCAUGUUCAAACACGUCGGAAAGCAACACUAUUACACUGAACGCCACGGGUGUCGAUUUACCGAACGCGGUGGCCAACUCGUUCAUGGUCAAGCCGAUCCGAAACGCCGCGAGUCCCAACGCGCUGACGUACAACCCCAUAACCGACGAGAUCACGUACACGACGUCCACAACCGAAACCAAAGAGAAUAUUGUCCCGUUAACGCGCAAUGCCGGCAUCAUUCUAGGUCAGCUCGAGGUCAAGGAAUUCAGCUACAUCAACAAGAGCAAGUACAUCGAAUACGGCACACCCGGUGUCGCCGCAACCAUAACUGAUUGGCUCGUGUCCGAGAAGACCAAGGAUGGUUGGGCGGUCAAGUUAGAAGAAGUCGGAUUUGCCUCGACCGGCCCCGAAGACACGCCCGCUAGUGUCGGUGAACAGGACACUUUCGUCCAGCAGCUGUACGCCGACUACGUGGCGGCAAAAAAAGCUGUUCCCGAAACGUUUGUGGACAAGGACGAGACACACUUUGGGUUUAUGGCCGAGGAAGUGCAGACCAUUUUAUCCGAGCUCGUGUACGACGACACGGACGGCAAGGCACUGGAUAUCAAGUGGAACAACAUUACGGCGCUGCUAGUCAAGCAGAACCAAAUCCUGACGGCGCAGAUUGCCGUGUUGACCACAAAUUUUACGGCUCUGGAGGCUAGCCUAAAUCUUUAA